GGUCAUUUCUCCCAGGCUCCGUCCGAGCCUGUGUGGUCUCUCAUGCGCUGUUGCUAAGGAAAUGGAUGGCUUGAAUGGCUCGGCGGUCCGGGCUGAAUUGUCCUCCUCGCCCCCUCACCGCCAGGCUGCCGUCUCUCCCUCUGUGACCGUGUGUGUUUACAGGAAUCACUGCGAACAACGUGACGCGUCAGGGGCAGCUCUGCACCAGCCGGGUCCAGCGGAGCUGCAGCGGAGGAGCUGAGGAACUGGGGAUUUGACUGGCAGCUGGUACGACACCGAGGGUGGGGAGCGAGGCGGCUGGGCAGUGGGGUCGACGAGCCUGGCUGGCGCUGGGUGAAUGCAGCCUGGAGAGGACAACGGCUGAGGCGGCAGCAGCAGCAGCAGCAUCGACUUAACAAGGAGCAUGGCAUCCACAGGCAUGCAGAUAUUUGGAUUUGUCCUGGCGCUGUUGGGCAUCAUGGGAGCCAUGGUGGCCACGCUGCUGCCCAACUGGAAAGUCAGCGCAGACGUGGGCUCCAACAUCAUCACGGCGAUCUCCCAGAUGCAAGGACUGUGGAUGGACUGCACCUGGUACAGCACAGGCAUGUUCAGCUGCACGCUCAAGUAUUCGGUGCUUUCGCUGCCUGCGUACCUGCAGACUGCUCGCACCACCAUGGUGUUGUGCUGCGUGCUGGCCGCCAUGGGCCUCUGCCUUGCAUCCUUGGGACUAAAAUGCACGCGCUGGGGAGGCGGACGCCGCUCGAAGCGGCACGCCGCGAUCGCCAGCGGCGGCUGCUUUGUGGCGGCGGGAUUUCUGUGUCUGGUGCCCGCUUCCUGGUUUACCAACGAGGUCAUCACCAACUUCCUGGACUCCAGCGUGCCCGAGAGCAAUAAGUUUGAGCCGGGGGGCGCCGUGUACGUGGCCUUUGUUUCGGCAGGCUUCCUUUUAAUGGGGGGGUCCAUCUUCUGUAUGACCUGCUCGGGGAAGAGGCAUGGCCCCCAAGACCUGGUCCUACUCCCUCCCCCUGAUAAACUGCUGCUCCAGCAGCAGCAGCAACAGCUGCUCCAGCAGCAGCAGGAGCUCCAGCACCAGUACUGCUCUCUUUCACCAUUAGACAAUAAGACUGGCUACAGCCUGCAGGACUAUGUGUAAUAAAGCAGCGAUGUGUACGCUACAGCUAAAAGGAGACGAGCCUGAGGGGAAACCAUCACAGCUUAGGCUACACACUAGGCUCUACUCCAGAUGGAGGUGGAGAGAAAAAAAAUGAGAAAGGAGGGCAACAACUUCGAAUUAAUUUCCCUUUCUCCUCUAUCUUGCUCUUCUUCCUUCUUUCUGUUUUGCAAGCACAAGCAGUGGAGGUAUUCCCUGAGCACCGCCUCGGAACAAACGGUGUGAACGUGUAAGGAGCCGGGGUAAGGUGCUGCAGGAUCGAAGGGAGCCGCUAACCAAAUGCAGACAUCCUUCAUCAGUAAAUCACCGAGAGUUCCCCGGGGAAUGGAUUAAGCAAAUAAGGAAGCCUUCCGUGUAGAUUUUUUUUUUUUGUUCCUCGCCAAAGGUUUGAAUUGAAAGAGAAAAAGCAAUCAUUUAGCUGCUAUUUACAAUCGUUCGGUACCUUCCCAUUUGUCAAAUUAGGCAAUAUGAUGCCCGAGAAUAGUAAGUAAAAACCCUUUCAUAGCAAGCCAUUGCAGUUUUUCGUAUUCCACUAGAAUGCAACGUGGACCUGCCAGAAAUAAAAGGUCAUAUUUUUGUUAGCUACUAGAAUGAUGUUGAUAUUUUGCCUCUAAAGCAUGCUGUGUGGAGCCUGUCUGUGUAUUAAUACAGCGGAAUGCCUGGUAGAGGACUGAGCCGUAGCCACACAAUGCCUGUGCCUGAAAAGCUGUAGAAACAUUACCCUGCUGUAAGUGUUCAAAGAGGACUGUCAGGAGGAGUAGACCGUGGGCUGCUGGGCUGGAUUGAAGAAGGAAAAUGGAGACAAACAGUUGCCUACGUCUUUCUCUCUGCAGGUGGGAAUAUGAGAGAGAUGGAGAGAAAUUGACAGGAGAGCGUUCAGUGUGUGAACGGAGCGGACUGUCUGCUAGGGUGAUUUCAUAUUACCAUCCAAACAAUGGCAAUCUGCUUUGUAAGUAGCAGCUACCCAUCCCGAGCCUCGCCAGACACGCACGCCCACACAUACUCACGCUCCAUGUAAACACUCAAGACACGCCGGCUUUUUGCAUGUGCUCCGCUUUUCACUCCUGUCAUCCUCCUCCACACUGCCAUGGAAACGGAAUUCAGCAAUCACAUGUGCUUAUUGUCUGGGGGUAUGUGCUUGUCAGUCAGGGAAGAUGUUUGGACCAGGAGGAUGAUUGGGUGGGGGGUAGGUGGGGAGGAGGGCAUCCUUUACUCUCGCUAUGAGCUUUAAUCGGAGCCUCUGCUCACAGUACUUUUCACCAAUCCCCUUUAUUAGCCCGUGACGUGAGGCGACAUUCCUGCUCGGAGUUCUUGGUCGGAAAAUGCUCCUCUUUGGCUGAAUCGAUGUUUAAUGGUGCAGUGGCAGGGAGGCAAAAAACAAAGAAAAAGGGAGAUGCUUCUUGAGUCACGGUCGACUGGUUAGCGGUGUGUGUGGCAGGCUGCUAAAAAAGGUUUGAGUCAUUCUCCAUAUGUGACUUGUUUUCUAAGUGCGUCAGCAGUGCGCAUAUGUUACCAGCCUGCACCUGCAGAAGCUCUCACUGUCUUAAAUUGCACCCACUUGGCCGUGUAACCAUUCCUCUUUUACCUACCAGUCAUUCUAUCUCUCCAUUUUUUUCUUUUCACUCAACCCGCUUGUCCCGCUUGUGCCACGUGUCACAUGAACUGACAAGAGAACGCUGAUGCAUGUUGAAGGCAUGUCCUCGCCGCUCACACAUAAACAAAAACUCCCCCUCACUCAUAUGUCAGCAGAUAUGCUUUCACAGCUCCCCAGCGUGUCGACUCUUCUGAGGGAAAGAUAUGAGAGGGAUAUCGUUUUUAUGUUUUCAUGAGACAGGCCUUGGCAGUGAUGUAUAGGGCUGCACAUUCUCUCCUUCUCUCUCGUAAACAUGCGGCUUCCUGGGGGAGAGCAGAUGGCUGAGCCCAGCUCGCCACCUGCAGGCUGCUGCCGGCACGCCACGGGCACCUCCGUGGGCAUCGCUGCCGGUCCGGGCAGCCUGGCGAGGGCCGGCUUUCCACCCCGCCCUCGACUUGGCCCUCGCGCCCACGCUUUAGCCGACAGUACCGUCCUCCUGACAACAGCUCACUCUCCAGGCACCAUAACCAAUGCAAUAAACAGAGUAAAGAAUGUGCCAUGUCAUCUACUAAUACUGACACGCUAUGUGUUUCGAGAAUGUGCCAAAUCGUCUCAUGAUGACACGUUUUAAUAAUAAUAAUAAUAAUAAUAUCUGGAGUUCUUUCUGUUUAUUUUUUUAACGCGUCGUUUGUACAUGAAUUAUACAUUAGCGGAUGUUUUAUGGAUUUGUGAUUUGUUCUGCCAGACUAAGUCUCAAGUCAGCUGGAUGCUUGUGUACAGUCCAGUGCAGCUUUCGAGGGUUAUUUUAAAUCCUCUUUAUUCCUUUAUUUCCCAAAGCACAGCAAGACUUCACUGAGUGUUUGGCAAGAAAGACACGACUGUGGUAUUAUAUGAAUGAAAAAACAAAACAAUGGAGAAAAAAAAAGCGUGAUUGUUUUAGGAAUUCUGCAUCACUGUAGGUCUGUGACAACUGUACACAAGUAUCCAGGAUUUUAUGAUGUUUGUUUUUAAACUGUGAGAUCAGGAUUCCUUCAGAUUGUUUCAAUAAGAUACAAUACCAUGUCCAUGCCAUAUCUUCUUUAUAAGAAGACUACUCAGUGCACCUUUACCUGUGUUACUUUAUUUCACAGCAGACUGGUUCAAGUGGCUGAGCAAUGCAAGCUCUCUGGACCAGUGCGAAUACAUCACACAACUGGCACUCUGGAAGUAAAUAAAUAAAAGGCAAAAAAAAAAAGGGGAUCGAUUUCUGUCUGAUAGGAUUCAGCUGGGGAACAGGAGCUAGAAAUUUCUCUUUUUUUGUGGCUGUGCAGCUUGAUCAUCAGCACGCAACUUUCAUUAGCUUAUAAAUGGCCAGAGUGCAAAGUGACUAGGUCCUAAAAUUCUAAAGAGUUACAACUCUUCUGCGUAUACUGUACCGAGACGUUAAUUUUUGAUAACCGCAGCUUAUUUUUGUGAAUGCUUUAGCACUUCUUACUUUGCCAGAGCAUAUUUGUGAUGAUGAACAGUUCACAAGUUCUGAUACAGUUGUCUCAAUGUGCUUGUGCGAGUAGUUCUAUUUUUUACCAAUUAAAACUAUUUUGUGAAAGCA